GAGGGCGCACUUGACGUUCUCUGGAUGUGAAACAAAAAUUGUACAACAGGGUACAACUUACAAGAUCGAAUAACUGCAGGCGGAACCCCUUUAUGAUGUCAGUUUGCAUUAGAUUGGCAACCCCCUUUGAGUGAUGAGCGGAGCUUAAUCACCAUGGAGAUGUUAAACAGGCUGAAGAGCACCGUCGAGGGUUUGAUUGGUAACCCUGUGGUCAGUCAGUAUGACAUCACAGCAGGGCAGAUUGCCAGUGGCGGGCUGGCCUGUCUGUGGAAAAUCUAUCACGGGGUCAAGCGAUCGACCAAGCAGGAGGCUGCAAUCUUUGUCUUUGAAAAGAAACUCCUGGAUCGCUUUUACAAGAAAGACAGAGAGGCGGUCUUGGAAGUUUUGCGAAGGGGCCCCACCCAGCUGACCCGACUCAGACACCCCUGUUUAUUGACCGUCCAAACCCCAAUGGAAGAGUCAAGAGACAGCCUGGCUUUUGCAACCGAGCCGGUGUUUGCAAGUCUGGCCAACAUCCUCGGCCGCCAUGACAACCUGAGCCCGGUCCCCGAGAACAUCAAGGGUCACGAGUUGUAUGAGGUUGAGAUCAAGUACGGACUCCUCCAGGUUACGGAAGGGCUGAAAUUUCUCCACAAUGAUGUCCAUAUGAUCCAUAGUAAUGUUGUCCCCGAGAAUAUUAUUCUGAAUGCCAGUGGAGCAUGGAAACUGGCAGGGUUUGAUUUCUGCAGUCAGUCCGUCACGCCCCAAGACCAAGCGCCAACUUUCCCGAUGCGAGAGUGGAACCCUGACUUCCCGGCUGCGGCUCAGCCGAGGUUAGAGUACCUGGCCCCAGAGUACGUGCUGACAAUGAGCUGCGAGACGGCAAGCGACAUGUUCUCCCUUGGCAUGCUAAUGUACGCCACCAUGAACCGGGGCAAGACGCUAUUUGACUGCAACGAGAGCUUGCAGACCUUCAAGCGCAACUGCCAACAGCUCAAAUGUCUGAACCUAUCAUUAUUGGGCAGUCUCAGCGAUGGUCUAAAGGAGUACGUCAAGAUGUUACUCAGCGCUACUCCCACUGUGCGACCCGAUGCUGACCAGAUAUCAAAGAUCCCGUUCUUUGAGGAUGUCGGCUCCAUAACCUUGCAGUAUUUGGACUCGCUGUUCCAACGAGAUAACCUUGCCAAGUCACAAUUCUUCAAAGGGCUUCCCAAAGUCUUGUCAAAUCUUCCCAAGCGCGUGGUUCACCAGCGAGUCCUGCCCUGCUUGAGCAAGGAGCUCGUUAACCGAGAUAUGAUACCCUUCGUCCUGCCCAACCUUCUGCACAUUGCGGACAGCUGCACAGACCAGGAGUACAUCAGGCUAGUCCUGCCAGAACUCAAACCGGUCUUCAAAGUACAGGAACCAGUCCAGGUGAUGCUGAUCUUCAUGCAGAGGAUGGACAUGCUGUUGACCAAGACACCUCCAGACGAUAUCAAAAACCACGUCCUACCUCUGGUCUACCGAGCACUAGAGGCACCUGCUCCACAGAUACAGGAACUUUGUCUGACUAUCCUCCCCACCUUUGCCAGUUUGAUUGACCAGGCUUCCAUGAAACAUGCCAUCAUGCCUCGCAUUAAGAAGUUGUGUCUGGAAACUGACCGCUUAUCAUCUCGCGUGGGGUCUCUUGUCUGCACGGGCAAGUUGAUGGACCACAUGGAUAAAUGGUUCGUUAUCGACGAGGUGCUACCAAUGGUCAUGGCAAUUCCUUCCAGAGAACCUGCAGUUCUCAUGGGCAUGUUGGGGAUCGUCAAGUUGGCCAUUAGCCACAAGAAGUUGGGUGUGACGAAGGAACUCGCUGCUACCAAGUUGCUUCCGUUCCUCUUCCCGCUCUGUAUCGAUAAUAACCUCAACUUGAAUCAGUUCAACGCUUUUAUGUCUGUGAUCAAAGAACUCCUCCGUCACGUGGAAAGUGAACAACGCGGGAAACUGGAGCAACUCAACUCAAUGCAAGAAGAGCAAAAAACAUCCAUUGAUUUCAACCAAAGGCUCCAGCAUCAGACCAAGGCAGAGGAGAAUCCUUUUGCAACAAUGGGAAUCAGUAACAGCGCCGGCCAGACCGGAUCCAUGAUGGAUGACAUGUUCAAGACGUUUGGUCUGAGUGAGUACCUUGGUGACGCCAGCAACAAAGUUGAGGCAAUCAAUCGUGGAACCAGUCCCAGCAGCUCCAAACCGGGCCAAACCAGUUCCCCCUCUUCCUCUUCCUCCCCAUCGUCAUCAACGGCCACGAAAUACAAACAGCCGACCCAGGUAUCACUGACGAUGGAGGAGAAGCAGAGAAUUCUCAGUGAGCAGGAAUUUCAAGAGAGGGCAAAGAAGCAGAAGCCAUUAACGGCUGGAGGAAAGACUAAGACACCAGAGCCGAAACCACAGUCCAAGGAUUUGUCUGGCACACUGCUUGACUCAUCACUGAACUCAAAACCUAACUACAGUCUGACUGCUACAAACUUGACAGCGGGUGGCUUAGGCUCAAAUGCAGCCGCUCUUUCGUUCGGCAUUAGCAGCAGUGGGGGAGGCCAGACAUGGGGUAUGAAUUCCUCAAUUGGAUCUGGAGGGACUGGAAUAAAGACUAGUCAGGCUUCUCUUGGAAGUGGAGCAGUUGGGACAGGUUUUGGAGGAAUGGCCAACAGCCAGUCAUCAGUGGCUCAAAAACCUAACAUGGCUGCCUUGGAUAACCUGCUUGGACCUUCUCAGAAGCCAAAACAGACGCUAAAUCAAAUGGCACCCAAAUCAUCAACAGGAGCACAAGGCAUGAUGGGAUCCCAUCGCAUGGUUGGAAACCAAAGCAUAACGGGAAAGCAAAGCAUGACGGGAUAUCCAGGCAUGAUGGGAAAUCCAGGCACGAUGGGAAAUCUGAGCAUGAUGGGAAGUCAGGGCAUGACGGGAAACCAGGGCAUAACAGGAAACCAGAGCAUGGUGGGAAAUCCAGGCAUGAUGGGAAAUCAAAGCAUGAUGGGAAAUCAAAGCAUGAUGGCAAACCAAGCCAUGGUGGGGAACCAAGCUGGAAUGGGCGGCACACAGAGAUUUUUGGGAGGCAACCAGGGUAUGAUAGGUAGACCAUCCCAAGGCAUGAUGGGAAGCUCCCAGAGUUCCAUGGCAGGACAGCAAGGCAUGAUGGGAGGAUUUGACCCACUGGCUGGUAGUAGCCAGCCAGGAAAAACACAGCAGCAGAGAUCUGACAAUUUGAUGGGGUUCUUGGGAUGAAGAUUGAUUUGAUAUGACAUGUACUUAACCAAUGAUGACCUGUCAUCCCACUAAGAUUGUCGGAGCAGAACAUUCCACUGUUAAUUUGCUUGAUAAUUUUAGCAAUACCUCCCUGGAAAACUUCAUUUGCAUAGUCUAUUUUACGUUUGUAGCCAAUAGUUAUGUAAUGUUGAUAUUCAUUUGGAUAGGCUGGAAGACUGGAUUUACUCCGAUUUAGUCCUGUAAUAUUUUCACAAAGUUUUAUUUAUGGAAAUUUUAUUGCCAAUACUUCUGGUGUUGACAGCAAACAAAUGGUGGACUUUAGUUUACAGACACAGGUUGCAGUGAGAGACGGUACAUAAAUUAAUCUCACAUUCACUGUUUGCACAGCCAUCUUGCUACUGGUGCUUUCGUAUCCACAUUAGUCUCCAUUCUAGGCUGACUUUUCUUUAGUGUUAGCUUGCUACUGUGUAGAUUUUAACAUGGUUGCAAGUUGCCCAAAUGACAUGGUAAGUGCGCAAAGGAAUUUUCAGUUAGCAUCAAAAUGCUUUGUAACUAAAACCUCAAAUAUUGCUGUCCUUUUAUAGUUUUACAGUUUUCAGUCAGUUACGGCAGAUUUGAAUGGAGUCUACUCUUUGUUUGCCUUACAAGCAAAGGUCACUGGCACAGUUUUUGAUUAACAAUGUACCCUUUCAUAGUCAUGGAUUGAUACCUUGCAUAAUGUACUGCAAGUCUUUCUGAACAAGUCCAUUCAGCUCUGGUCUGUUGAAACAUUUCAAGAAUCUCGCCCAAAUCCAACUUUGUCACAUUUGCAAACUGGCUGUAUCGUUUUGUAGAGCCAUAUAAGUGUUCUUAUGUAUUUGAAGUCUUUUUGUUUGACUUGUUACAUAUAAAAAUUUGAAAGUCAUGCAUGCCUUAUUUUGAUCAUGAUUGUUGCAUGCUGCCAAAGUCCAGUGUCUGCAUGAUAAGUGGGCAUAUAGUCCAUUAAUUUGCCACCAGUUUGUAGAUGCCUCCUCUGUAGGUACUCAGUUGUGGUCAGGGCUAAAGGCUGAUUGUAGGCUGACCCGUAAGACAUAUUGGACAGUACACAAAGACAACUCAGAGGCAUAUUCAAGAGGGGGGGACUUGCCACAUCUUGUUUUAUUUUACUGUUAUUACGCGUAUUUGUUCAUUUAGGAAUUGAAAGCAGUUACAAUCUAUAAACAAGGGGGAUAGAAUUCUUUUACGGAUGAAAUAUAAAAAUAAUUUCCAUUUUUAUUCCCUCCCCCCAACUCAGGACGUGGAUACACCAAGAAAAAUGUCGAAAACCAUUAUUUCUACCCACCGUUUGCAUGCAUCUAAGGGAAAAUAAUUCUACACCGCUUGUUCCGUCCAACAGUGAGGUGUUCCAUAUCGCAACAUUUAAUGUUAUUAAAAUGUGAUUUGCACGAUUAGUAAUAUACAUGUUGAUGUAUUUAGUUUAUUCAAUAUUGCGCCUAUUAUGUACUGCAAUACAUAAUUUGUAGAUAUUCUCCACCCAUUUUUUAAUUUUAUUUUAUUUCUUUUUUACCCUGGGGAGACCUGUCAGUGUCAAGCACUGUUUUCCACAGGUGCCCAGCAAUUAUAAUCAUUACAGAUUUAUUCAGAUUAGUUAUGACAUACUCGCCAAAUAAUUAAAAGUCCAACAGUACACAGCACUAAAAACAAAAUACAAAAAAUUUUAAGGCACACAUAUAAUAAAAAAACAGACAUUGAGAAGUUUGCACAGGAACUAACAAAAACAUCAAAACAAAACUUCAAAAACAACAAAAACCAGGCUUACGAAUUGUUGUGUUAAUAUAUUUGUAUUUGCAUCAAUCAGUGGGUUACCUGAUAGUCACUACUCAGUACUAUUAAUGUGGAGGAACAUUAAUCUUUACAUUAAGCAUAAAUUGGUGUUUAAUUAUGUCAUUAAUUUUCAAACUGUGCAAUUAUGAUGUAACACAAAAAGCAAAAAGGUGAGUAAAUAUUGCAAUUUUGAAUGAAUUUGUUGUGGGGUAGUUUUAUUUGUAUUUAAGAUGUUCUUAAAUUGUUUGUUCGGUUUCUGACCUUUAUUGUUUAAAUCUGGAUCAGGCCAAAUUAAAGUCGAUUUUGGGUGGUUUAGAUGCUACUGGAGAACGGCGGGUGAUGGCUAAUACUCGAGCUUUGCAGUAAAUAAGCAUAAUGAAGUUAAUCGCUUUGUGAUUUUACUAUGAAAAGGGUUUGUCCUGUGACGCACUAUCAAUGCGUCAAAAAUUAAGAGACAUUUGUCAGCCCCUAGUUUUCCCAGGGACGGGCCAAAUGUUCAACUACUGUACAAUGUUCACGCAAUCGAAUUCCAAAAUAAACCAUAAAACAUCGUGACAGGUGCCAUGAGGCCACGGAGGUGGAAACAGGCGAAUCCAUAAAGUUUGAGAGGGGUGGUCUUUUAGAGAUGCUUACUCCAGUAUAAAGUUGUGUCUUGUCUAAUUGACAAAAAGUUAUCUGAAGUUCUUGAAGGAUAUUACUGUUCCAUUCAGAACUAUGGGAAUAAUUUGAUUACCGUUCAGUACUCUCAGUACCAUAUGGAGAGAAUAAAAUAUCCUAUUUGAAUAGGGUGUUCCACUCGA